AUGAACCGGUCGUUGACAAACGUCAUCCUUGGAGGUUAUGGCACUGUCAGUACGGCAGGUGGCAAGCCGAGGGAGAUCACCGGUACACAUACUGAAGUAACGGCUGACCAGACCGUCGACUGGUUACUGAAUGCCAAGAAUGUGAUCAUUGUGCCCGGCUACGGUCUUUGCGCAGCACGAGCCCAGUAUCCGAUCGCAGAAAUGGCGAGCUUACUACGAAAGCAUGACGUUAAUGUCAGAUUUGGCAUCCAUCCGGUAGCCGGGCGAAUGCCUGGUCAACUGAACGUGCUGCUUGCUGAAGCAGGAGUUCCUUACGAUAUCGUGCUGGAGAUGGACGAAAUCAAUGACGAUUUCCCUGACACGGAUGUAGCGUUAGUUAUCGGUGCUAACGAUACGGUCAACUGCGCAGCCGAAGAUGAUCCGAACUCGAUUAUCGCCGGAAUGCCAGUGUUGCGCGUCUGGAAAGCAAAACAGGUCGUGGUCAUGAAGCGGACUCUAGGUGUCGGCUACGCGGCCGUGGACAAUCCUCUUUUCUAUAAACCAAACACAGGUAUGUUGCUGGGCGACGCGAAGAAGAUGUGCGAUACUCUUCUCACUAAAAUCAAAGAGAACGCACCAGCUGCAGUCGCUGCGUAA